CGUGGGGCGGUUGCCGUGGAGACGAGCGGCGCGGCCUGGGCAGGCGGCGGCGGCUGCAGGCACUCGCGGCCCGGCCCGGCCCGGGGAUGUCGUUCCGCGACCUUAGGAACUUCACUGAGAUGAUGAGGGCCCUGGGCUAUCCCCGCCUCAUAUCCAUGGAGAACUUCCACACCCCAAACUUCAACCUUGUGUCAGAAGUGCUGCUCUGGCUAGUGAGAAGGUAUGAGCCCCAGACUGACAUCCCUCCUGAUGUGGAGACAGAGCAGGACAGAGUCUUCUUCAUUAAGGCAGUGGCACAGUUCAUGGCUACCAAAGCUCACAUCAGGCUCAACACUAAGAAGCUGUACCAGGCAGAUGGCUACGCGGUGAAGGAGCUGCUGAAGGUCACCUCCGUGCUCUACAGUGCCAUGGGCACCAAGGGGGUGGAACGGGCAGAGCUGAGCGAGGAGGACAGCAGCAAGUUCAAGUUUGACCUUGGCUCAAAAAUAGCUGACCUGAAGGCAGCCAGGCAGCUUGCCUCUGAAAUCACCUCCAGAGGAGCAAGCCUCUACGACUUACUGGGCAAAGAAGUUGAGUUGAGGGAAGCAAGAGCUGAAUCUAUUGCCAGACCUUUGGAGAUAAAUGAGGCUGAGAAGGUGGUGAAAAUUGCCAUUGACUCUGUUCUGGAACAAGUCCAAAAGACCAAGGACAUGUUGAAUAAUGUGGCUUUGGAUGAAGCCAGCUUGGAAGCCAAGAUUGAAAAACGAAAAGUGGAACUGGAAAGAAGCCAGAAGAGGCUGGAGACUCUGCAGAGCGUGCGCCCUGCCUUCAUGGAUGAGUAUGAGAAGGUUGAGGAGCAGCUGCAGAAGCAGUACAGCAGUUACCUGGAGAAGUUCCGCAACCUGACCUACCUGGAGCAGCUGCUGGAGAACGACCGCCAGACAGAGCAGGAGAUGCUUGAGGAAGCAGCAAACCUGAUGCACCUCAUGCAGAGCAGGCUGAAGGAAGAGGAGCAGAACCUGCUCGAGAGUGGAGGCAGCGACGACUCGGAGGUGGAGGCUGGAGAGGAGGAAGGCUUCGGCAGCGAGGAGGAGCGGGGGCAGGGCAGGAAGCAGCGCAGGGCCACCGCAGCUCUGCUGCAAGGAAGAGCUGCUGCAAGGAUCGUGGGAACAAUGCAAGGUGGAGACACGGAGGAAGAUGGGAGACCUGCUGUGGCACGGCCAGGCGCGCGCGGGACCAGCGCCAAGGCACAGGAGGACUCAAGAGAUAGUGAGAUUGACCUGAAUGAAGAUGAGGAGGAGGACUUGGAAGAUGACAGCAUGGAAAUUUCCCCAAGUAAAUCCAGUCACCGAGCCAGGAAGCCAGAGCCACUAGGGGAGAGUGACAGUGACUUCUGACCCUGCAGCAACAGGGCCAGGAGGCAUCAGCAGACACAAAGUUUGGCGAGCCUGCAGGCGGGGAGCUGACCUCCUGCCGUUUGGAAAGUGCUUGUCAGCAGCAAUUCAGGAGAGGGAAAUAAGGGUCACUAAACUUGGAAAUUAAAUUCAGAGUGCCAUGCUGGUG